ACAGCAGCGACCACCAUUUCUCCCUCAGAGAGCACAGAGCCCUCCUCCUCUUUCCCAACGAGCUCCAUAAUUACUACUAGUACUUCAGAAACAACUACUCAAUUUCCAAUUACAAUAGAAUACUCAACUACUUCUUCAGAGUCUACCACGUUUGAAUCUGCCACAUCUGAAAUAGCCACUUCUCCCCCAGAGAGCACAGAGCCUUCCACGGCGUCAGCAGGGAGCAGCAUAAGUUCUACUAUUUCGGAAACCAUCACACCAACUCCUGAGAGUACAGUGUCCGCCACCUCUUUGCCAGCAAGCUCCAUAAUUACUACUACUACUUCAGAAACCACUACUCAACUUCCAAUGACUACUGAACAAUUAACUACUUCUCCAGGAACCACCAUGUUUGAAUCUACAACAGCGGGGACAGCCACUUCAGAAACCAUUACUCAACCUCCCAUUAUAACAGAAUACUUAAGUACUUCUCCAGAGACCACCACGUUUGAAUCUUCCACAUCUGAAAAAGCGACUUCUCCCCCAGAAACAGUGUCUUCCACGGCGUCAGAAGGGAGCAGCGUAACUUCUACUCUUUCAGAAAACACAACACGAACAACAGAGAGUAUGUUCUCUUCCACAUCUUUCUCAGAGAGCACAAUCAUGGCAUCAAGCUCCCCACAUGCCACCCCUCCUGCUUCCGAAAGCACAGGGCCUCUUACACUUCCAACAGAGAGUUCAAGAGUUUCUUCUACCCCUGAGCAAACCUCGUCUCCUCCAGAGAGCAUGGUACAUACUACAGCUUCAGAAAAGAGCAGCAUGAUGACUUCUAGUAGUAUUGAAACCGUGAAUUCUAUUCCAAACAGCACGGCGUACUCCACAGCUUUACCAGAGACCGCCACGUUUGAAUCUGCAUCUGAAACAGCCACUUCUCCCCCAGAGAGUACAGAGCCCUCCACCUCUUUCCCUGCAAGCCCCAUAAUUCCUACUAGUACUUCAGAAACCACUACUCAAAUUCCAAUUACAACAGAAUACUUAACUACUUCUCAAGAGACCACCACCUUUCAAUCUGCCACAUCUGAAACAGCCACUUAUCCCCCAGAAAGCACAGUGCCUUCCACGGUGUCAGCAGGGAGCAGCAUAAGUUCUAUUCUUUCAGAAAGCAUCACACCAACUUCCGAGAAUACAAUGUCCUCCACAUCUUUGCUAGCGAGCUCCAUAAUUACUAUGAGUACUUCACAAACCACUACUCAACUUCCAAUUACAACAGAAUACUCAAUUACUUCUCCAGAAACCACCACGUUUCUAUCCACAACGGCAACGACAGCCACUUCUCCCACAGAGAGCACAGAGCCUUCCACGGUGUCAGCAGGGAGCAGCAUAAGUUCUCCUCUUUCGGAAACCAUCACACCAACUCCUGAGAGUACAGUGUCCUCCACAUCUUUCUCAGAGAGCAUCAUCAUGGCAUCAAGCCCCCCCCACACUACCCCUCCUGCUUCCGAAAGCACAGGGCCUUCAAAGUUUCCAACAGAGAGUUCAAAAGUUCCUUCUACCUCCCAGGAAACCACCUCGUCUCCUCCAGAGAGCAUAGUACCUACUAUAGCUUCAGAAAAGAGCAGCAUAACGACUGCUACUAGUACUGAAACCAUGAGUUCUGUUCCAAACAGCACGGCUUACUCCACAGCUCUACCAGAGACCACCACGUUUGAAUCUGCCACAUCUGAAAGAGCGACUUCUUCCCCAGAGAGCACAGAACCCUCCACCUCUUUGCCAAUGACCUCCAUAAUUACUGCUAGGAUUUCAGAAACCACUACUGAACUUCCAAUGACUGCAGAACACUUAACUAGUUCUCAAGAAAACACGUUUGAAUCCACAGCAGCAGCGAGAGCCGCUUCUCCCCCAGAUACAACAGAGCCCUCCACCUCCUUUCCUAUGACCUCCAUAAUUACUAUGAGUACUUCACAAACCACUACUCAACUUCCAAUUACAACAGAAUACUUAACACCUUCUCCACAGACCACCACUUUUGAUUCUGCUACAUCUGAAACAGCCACUUCUCCCCCAGAAACAGUGCCUUCCACGGCAUCAGAAGGGAGCAGCAUAACCUCUACUCCUUCAGAAAACACAACACCAACAACAGAGAGUACGUUCUCUUCCACAUCUUUCUCAGAGAGCACCAUCAUGGCAUCAAGCUCCCCAUACACCACCUCUCCUGCGUCCGAAAGCAUAGGGCCUCCUACAUUUCCAACAGAGAGUUCAAGAUUUCCUUCUACCCCUGAGCAAACCUCCUCGUCUCUUCCAGAGAGCAUGGUACAUACUACAGCUUCAGAAAACAGCAGCACGAUGACUUCUAGUAGUAUUGAAACAAUGAGUUCUAUUCCAAAGAGCAUGGAAUACUCCACAGCUUUACCAGAGACCACCACGUUUGAAACUGCCACAUCUGAAAGAGCCACUUCUCCCCCAGAGA